CCCAGGGGCGCUGCUGCAGCCGGACGAUCUGCAGUCAGCUGGACAGCUCGGAGCGUCGGCCGCACGUAGGAUUUAAGUCUCCGGCACGGAUCACCACAACGAGCGCGUAAUCAUCAUGGCUCAGGCAAAAAUACAGGCGAAGAUGAACGAAACUGUCUGCAGCAAGUUCAGCAGGACUCUGUCUAUGGCAGAUCGCUCGGGACAACUGCUGGAAAGUUUGGAUCAGCUGGAAAUGAGGGUGGAGGCUUUACGCGAGGCAGCAUCGGCCAUGGAGCAGGAAAGGGAGUGCAUCCUGGAAAUGAUUCAGUCCGUUCAGAACAGUCAAGAAAUGCGCAACAUCUGCGCCGGGGAGAGAGAAGAGUUAAGUUUGACUGCAAACCGUCUGAUGGGCCGGACACUUACUGUGGAGAUCUCUGUUGGUACGAUCAGAAACUCCCAGCAGGAGGACGCGCUGCGCAGGGCCACGUCUAUAAUAGACGAAAUCGUGAAGAAGCUACUGGAAGACAUGGACAGUGGUCGGCAGCAGCUGCGGGCUCUGCACGCUGCCUGUGUGACCGAGGCGCAGCCAGUUCCCAUAGACCAGAAGUUUCAGGCCAUCGUGAUCAGCUGUGCUCUGGAGGACCAGAAGAAGAUCAAGCGGAGGCUGGAGACUUUGAUGAGGAACGUUGAAAAUGCCGAUAAGAACAUCAAGAUUAUGGAUCAUCAAAAACUUGAGCACACAGAAGCCAACGGCGGUCAAUAAGACUCGUCACCUAAUACAUGAAAUGUGUCUUGAAUACCACUAACCUCACUGAAAGCUGUUGUAAUUCUGUACUAACUUUCGGAAGGACUCCACAGUAGUAGCAGCUAGAAAAGGUCCUUUGGGAAAAACACAAUGAUGUUGAACCUUAAAGCAAAAAAGACCACGUUUUACCUUCAGAUAUUGUCUUUUCCAUUUACCUACUUAAUAUUGAUUGUUUAAUGUAUAUACUCAGUACACUGUGUGUUCACAUACACUUAAAUAAAACAGAAAAAGACACAUUGCUUCAUUGGAGGUUCGCUCACAGUUUCUCAGAAAAUCCAGUUCUGAUUAUCAGCUUAUAAUUAAGUGCCUAUAAAUGUGUCAGUAGAUAGUCUGCCAAGUUUUAGGUGAUACAACAGCGUGAAAAACAGCCUAUCGACGUUUCUCUGCCAGGUGGAAGCGAUUUAUUUUGACAUCUGAAACAAGUAUCCAAAUACAAGAAUAUGCCUGCUCUAGAUCACCAGAUUGCUCACGCUGGUUUAUCGACUUUGACAGACAACAAUGAUGGAGUGUCUUUUUCUGUUUCAUUGCCUCACAUUUUAAAUGAGGCACUUAGUAAGGAUUUUGGGUGUGCACUACCUCUUUGUGUGAAGACAACACAAGUCACAUCAAGCUGUGGAUUCAUAUUUGCACAAAGUAGUUUUUUUUUUUUCUGUCAAAAAAGUGAAUAAAAAGCACAUCAUCUAAAAA